AUUUUAUAAAGUACAAAACUUAACUUAUAGUGAUUAGCAAACAUAUUCCAAUUCCAUUUUUCUAUUUGACCAAAAAACAAGAAAAAGAAAACAUCUUUGGGGGAUUCUUUUGUUUGAAGUAUACUUUGUCAAUGAUAUUAAUUUUUUUAAUUCUCUUUAAAUGUAAUUUAUUUACCUUUUGUGGUCAAAAUUUCAAGGGUUGGGUAGGGCCUUUGUCCUACUAACACACAUUUGUCCCUUCCAAUUAUUUAUUAUCAAAUUAUUUUCAACUCCUAACUUCUAGCCGUAAAAUUCACCACACACAACACGUAGUACAAAAUAUCUAUUCAGGGUUUUCAGGUUUCUUCAUCAUUAUCAUCAUUUUAAAUUAUUUAACUCCUAAAUUAUUGUGAAAAAUCACAACACACGAGUACAAAAAAUAAACCUUUUUCAGGGUUUAGGGUUCCGCUACUCUCCUCGCCCCUUUUUCCCAUAUUUUUCCAAACUCUCCAAAAACUAAAAACCCCAUAGCCCUGUUAAUCAUCUCAUUUCUAAUUUCAAGCAAAAAACCAGGGCUUUUUACACUCAUUACUUCAAUUUUCAAUAAUCCUGAAAGAAGAACAAGAAAAAGAAAGAGAGGAAAAAAAAUUGAACUUACCUUUUUCUCCAAAUGUCCUCUGCCUGCAGCUUAAACCUCAGCCUCAUAAAACCUCACACAUCUUCAUGGACCUCAAUUUCAUCACCAUCUUCAUCAUCUUCAUCAUUAUCAUCAGCUCUUUCUGACUCAAACCACACUUCAAUCUCAACUCGAAAAGCCCGGGCCCGCCGUAAAAGGCCCAAUCAGGCCUACAACGAAGCCGCCUCAAUCCUUUCCACCGCCUAUCCCAAGCUUUUCGCGGCCAAACACCUCCCAACAGGGCCCGAAUUCACCAAAUUGCAGGGCCCGUAUCUGUUCGAGCCCUCGGCCCUGCUCACGCCGCCUCCCAAAUCGCUCGAGAGCCCCAAUUUUCGCACUGGGUCGAGAAAUUGGAAUGCAAUCGAGGAUCCGCGGCGGCGGACGGCGGUUUUGGGCUGUUCCUCUGAAGAAUUGUGCGGCGGAGAUGAGGAGAGUUUCAGCGCGCGGUCGAUUUUGGAUGAGGAAAUUGAUGAGGGAAUUGAUGGCGUCAUGGGGAAAUUGAGCAUGGAAAGCCUGAAAAUCGAGGAUCCGAAAUCGAAAUCGGGUUGUUGCUACGGCUAUCCGGUGGGAUUAGGGUUCGAUUUCCAAUCGAGGGCGAUGAGGAAUGCGGGCGGCGACGGAGGGAACGAGUGGUGGAGUUUCCCCGCCGUGGAUCUAGCCGAUUUGACUCCGAAGGUUGCUGAGGUUCCGGUGGGGAAGAAGGCGUCGGCGAGGAGGAAGAAUUCGGGAUCGGGCAAGCGAAAUGAGGUUAAAUCUGGCAGUAAGGGUUCGGGUGGAGAGGAAUUUGGCCGAGCGGGUGGCGAGCUUCACCUGAAACUGAAUUACGACGGCGUUUUGAGGGCGUGGUCGGGGAGGGGCUCGCCGUUCUGCGAGGACGGGCCAGCGGCGGGGCUCGCCGGAGGUGAUGUCCAAACAGAUUUGUUCCCGUUGUCGGAUGAUGGUGUAGGGAGAAAUGAUACUCUGCAACGCGACCAGGAAAAGCGGCCUAGUCAUCUCUUGCCUAAGAAAAUUAGAUGCCGAGUAAGAAAAGUCAACACAAAUCAACGGCCAAGAUUCAAGGGAAGAUUUUGUGAGAGCACCAAAUCCCUCUAAGUUUAAAUUCAAUUUUCUUUUUAGUCUUUUAUAGAACAAUUUUUGAAAUUAUUAUUCUCUUCCUGUAGCUUGUGAUAAUUUUUUAUUUUUUAAAUAUGACCCGUUUGGAGACAAACUACCAAUAAAUGUCAUCCUUUUCAUUUGGGCACUGUCCAUAUAGAAAUAUAGAAUUAGUCGAAUAAAAGGCAGAUUGUGAGAAGAAAUUCCAAAAUGAAAUUAAGAAUUAGUUCCAAGCAAGAAAACUCCAAUCAAGAUUUCUUCUGCCUUAAAUUCUCUCUUUUUCUCCAGCGCUUAAGAG